CAGCAAGAGGCGUCUGCCCGCUGCCGCUUUCAGCCAAUCCGCGGAGUGUUUGAUCCUCCAGUCGGCCAAUGAGAACUGAGUAUUUGAGGCACCACUUUUAAAGUUUGGCGUGCCCGGCCGAGUUGCCGUGUUGUGUAUCCAUGGGAGAAAUUUUAGAAGAAACGUUGAAACGAAAAGCACAAACCUGAGGCAACGUUUUGAGAACAGUGGUUUUCUGGGUGAUAAACGGCGAGAAAGGCUGUUUAGUAUUUUUCGGUUGGUUCUUCUGGAAACGUGUUAAGGAAAUGCCAUCUCGGGUUGAAGAUUAUGAAGUCCUGUUCACUAUCGGCUCUGGUUCUUACGGAAAGUGUCAAAAGAUACGUCGAAAGUCGGAUGGCAAGAUUCUGGUCUGGAAGGAACUGGACUACGGCACAAUGACUGAAUCAGAGAAGCAAAUGCUGGUCUCAGAAGUUAACCUACUACGUGAGCUCCGUCAUCCCAAUAUAGUUCGCUAUUAUGACCGGAUUAUUGACCGGACAAAUACAACGCUGUAUAUUGUAAUGGAGCACUGUGAAGGAGGAGACCUUGCCAGUCUCAUUACUAGAUGUAUUAAAGAGAGGAAAUAUUUAGAUGAAGAGUUUAUCAUUAAGGUUCUAGCACAAUUAAGUCUUGCAUUGAAAGAGUGCCACAGAAGGAGUGAUGGAGGCCAUGUCGUCCUUCAUAGAGAUCUGAAGCCAGCUAAUAUCUUUCUUGACUACAAGCAGAAUGUCAAACUAGGAGAUUUUGGACUAGCCAGAAUUCUUAAUCAUGAUACCAGUUUUGCAAAAACAUUUGUGGGAACUCCAUACUACAUGUCUCCUGAACAAAUCAAUCGGAUGUCCUACAAUGAGAAGUCGGAUAUUUGGUCACUUGGCUGCUUGCUGUAUGAGCUGUGUGCAUUGUCGCCUCCAUUUACAGCUUAUAAUCAAAAAGACUUGGCUGAAAAGAUAAGGGAGGGAAAAUUCCGCCGCAUUCCAUACAGAUACUCUGAGGGAUUGAGUACUCUAAUUACGCGAAUGCUGAAUUUAAAGGAUUACUUGAGACCUUCAGUUGAAGCCAUCAUCCAGAAUUCACUGAUAGCAGGAAUUGUUGCAGAUGAACAGAAAAAUUAUGAGAAGAACAGGAGGAAAUCGUCGGACUAUGAGAAACCUCUGCCGUCUGAAUCUUCUGCCUCGGAACUAAAACUUAAAGAGCAACAGUUGCAGGAAAGAGAACAAGCAUUGAAAGAGCGAGAGGAAAGGCUUGAACAGAGAGAGCAUGAGCUUUGUCUUCGAGAGAGGCUAUGUGAGGAUAAACUUGAAAGGGCUGAGAACUUGAUGAAGAACUACACGCUUUUAAAACAGCGGCCAUUUUUGACGCCUGCCUUUUCUAAUGUGAUAGAUGAAUACGUGACUAACUCCAUUGGCAAGAAGAAAGUUCACUUUGCAGCAGACAGAAAAGAGAAUCAAAUGUUAGAAGGUGCCAGGGACAACGUUACUCACACUAAAGAUAAAUGUGAAGAACUAAAAAAGCGACUACAAGCAGCAAAUCUUCAAGCCAGAGUCCUGGAUGAAAUGGAGAAAAAUUACAAUACAAAAAGCAAACUGAUUCUUGGAAUGCGUUAAUGUGAAUAAUGUGUAAAGAUGUACUGUACAUAGAAUUUUAUUUAUUUCAUUUUAUUCUGUAUAUGUGGGUUCACAGGUGCCAUGGGUCUGUUAGGCCUUAAGUACCUGAUUUAUUUUUGUAUUGUAAAUCAAGUAUGUGUUCCCUAAGGGGCGAUCAUGUAAACAUGUCAGUGCCUUACAUCAAGGACAGACUUAUCCUAAAAAUACAAACCACACUCCAUAUCACAGCUUUAACACAAUAGUACUAGUAACUCUUAAUUUUGAAUUCAGCAUCUCACAAUCCUCAGUUGGACAAAGUAAUUUAGGAAAUGGAUAAACGCUCCCAUCUGCUAGCCCUGUACCUUGUGCAGCAGCAGUGGUGGUGACCCUGAUUCAAAGGAGCAAACUACUUUUGAUUUUGACGUUGCUUUUAGUGAAGGGAGAGUUUGUAAUUGUACACUCCGCACUUGGGGUUUGUUGAAAUAAGCUUCCUAUGCACUGCUUCUUUAACACCAGUGUGCACAUUUUUGAUAGAAUAUGACAACACUUUACAAGCUUCACAGGGUAAUUACUGCUUCAACAUUUUAAAAGUAAGAUAUUCUAAUGGUGUAUUAAGUUUAAAGCAAGUUGGGCCAAAGUGGUCAAUCGUAGGUUAGUUUUAGUAACCAAAGUGUUGUGGUUCAGCGUUAGUCCUGUCUGUUUCUGUGUAAUUUAAAAAUACAAUACAGUUAGAUACAAACCUCCUCCUGCUACUUACAACUGCACAAACAAAGCAAAAGUUCUACCUCCAUGGAAGGGACAUUAACUUGGUUCAGCGUUGCCACCUUAUCAUUUGUGUGAUAAUUGCCUUAAUGUUUUGUAUAUAUUUUUGGAGUUUAAUAUGGAAAUACUUUGUAAUCACUGUAAAUCAAAAUUUCGUUUUUAAUAUCUGAAAUUGACAUACAGAGCUUCAUCGGUUGUUUUAUAUACACAUCACGUUAUUGGAACAAAUGCAUCUGAAGAGAAUUAAGAAGAAAAGUUUUAAAAGGGGUGCUGAAGUAACUGGUGUUGUAUGAAAUAGUCUUGAGAGUUGCAGAUUGGGCAAAAAUAAGUCCCUUUUACGGCAGGAGGUUAGCUUUGUCCUUCUGCAGUGGCGUUAGGGAGCUGUGCAGAAUUCUUCAGGUCUGAAUAUCAAGGCUGUCUGCUACAGCAUCUAGCAAAGAGUAGACAAUGUGUUACAAUUAGAAUGGUAAGUUUGAGAAAACUGUGGGUGAAGUGAUAGCAGCUUUUGAAAUUUAACAAAAUCAUAUAAAAUUGUCUAAGAUUUUUCAUGUAACAAAGACAGACACCGGAGAGUGGCAACCUCAGACUGGCACAUGCAGGUGACAUUUUAACGUUAUUCUCUGUAACGACCCAUUUGUAAACGGCUUCAUCUUUUGAGUUCUUGCAAAACCUCACUUUGUCCACAAGAUGUCGCCACAGUGCAAAUUCAAUGAAUGAGCGCACGUUUUGGUGUUGUAGAGUCUUUUCAGAUUUUCAGGGCAUUUCAAUGUUUCACGCAUGUUUGCUCGUCUGUGUUUGAGGCAAACAUAAAUGCUGUAAGAAAUUAAAAGCUCUUUCUAUUUACUUUGAA